AUCUUCGAGCGACAGCCGACAGAUCGAAAUUUAACGCAAAUCAUUGCAAAUUUUACUUUUUAAAAAUAAAUCGUAAAAUGAAUUUCAUGGGUAUUGAACAAUUUCCAGAUUACAAGGUUCCUGGUACACAACACCAAGACUUUUCGCCUUAUGAAUCCAAUGGAGGAUCCAUUGUGGCUAUUGCUGGAGAUGAUUAUGUAGUAAUAGCUGCCGAUACUCGACUUAGCAGUGGUUACACCAUUCAUACUCGCAAGCAAAACAAGCUUUUCCAACUGAGUGGGAAAACUGUUUUGGGUUCCACUGGCUGUUGGUGUGACACACUGGCCCUAACGGCUCUGGUCAAAGCCCGUAUGCAAAUGUAUGAACACACUCACCUGAAGACCAUGUCCACCGAUGCCAUUGCCCAAAUGUUGUCCAUUAUCAUGUACAACAAGCGUUUCUUCCCUUAUUAUGUAUCCAAUGUAUUGGCUGGCUUGGACAACGAAGGCAAGGGUGUUGUCUAUUCGUAUGAUCCUAUCGGACAUUGCGAGAGAGCCACAUACCGAGCUGGUGGUUCAGCAGGAGCAUUGCUACAGCCCGUUUUGGAUAAUCAAAUUGGUUUCAAAAACAUGCAACUGGAUGGUGAAAUUCCCAAAGUUAGCAAAGAUCGUGCUGUUGCCAUUGCCACCGACACAUUCAUUUCGGCUGCCGAACGUGAUAUCUACACUGGUGACGCUGUUUGCAUCAAUAUAAUUACCAAGGAUGGCAUUGAAGUUAAAGAAGUACAACUAAGGAAAGAUUAAAAAUACUUUUAAGAAAUUCAUUGUAGUAUAUUGGAGCUUGGUUUAUAAAAUAAACUGAAAAUGCUUUUUGGUAAAAAUU